GAACACCGUCACUUCAUCCGGUCCACACAUCAUUGGCGGUGACAUCACGCCUGGCGACCGCCGCGUUGCUAAGGACGCCGCACCAGCCAGUGGCGGGCCGAGGGUCGAGAGGUGUGAGCGUCUGUUCCUCCGAGUUUGUUCCUUGGUCAUUUGUUGGUAAUGGCGCCCAAGAAGAAGGGGAAGGGGAAGGGGGACAAGCUGGCCAGGAUGACGGUGGAGCAGCGGCAGCAGUACCUAGACAGGCGGGCAGCGCAGGAGGCGGAGAGUACCCGCAGGAAGGAGGAGCUGCUGGCGGGGUUCCUCAAGCUCAAGUUAGCGGACGAGAGGAAGAAGGGCGAGGUGAACGAGGCGCGGCUGAUGACCAAGUGGCGGGAGGUGCUGCGCGAGGCCAAGACGUCCACGCUCUCCACGCAGCUCCAGGAGUUGCGGGAGCGUGUAGCGGAGGGCACCACCAGACUGAACAGCCUCAUCCAGCUGCUCAGGUCACAGGUUGCUCAGGCGCACCACCAGCGUGCCCAGGCUGCACAGAACCACCUCGCCGCCGUUCACAAGCUGUCAGAGCUGCACGAGGAACACGUCAGCGUCCUCACUCAGUACCUACGAGGGCGCGAGGCUGAGAUAUCGGGAACCGCGGCUGCUGGGACGGAGCAUCUUAGCGCCACGCAUCUCCACCAGCUGCGCCGCCUGUCCCUUGUGCUCCAGGCAUCGCAGCGGGACCACGACCUGUCAGAGAAGGAGCAGCUAGCAGCCUUUCACACCACCCUCACGCAGAUCACCACUCAGCUGGAGGAGGAGGUGGCGGCGGCGCGGGUGGAGCGGGAGAGCCAGCUGGAGAGGGCGUGGGGGCAACUGGCGGCGAGUGUGAGGCAGCACCAGACAGACACCUCCACGCUUAGGGCCUCCUGCCACCGCCUGCAGAAGAGAGUCGCGUCCCACCGCGCCACGCUUUCCUCAAUCACUGCGUCCACCAAGGAAAUGCAGGGUGAGGUGGACGCCCUGAGGAAGAAGCUGCGGCAGGAGAGGUCCCCCACAGCGGCCGAGCAGGAGCUGCGUCGUCUGCGGAGUGCUGUGGGCGUGGUGCGCGCAGCCACGGCGGGGCAACGGGUGGCAGGCCGCACGCUGCUCAAGGCUAUCAAUGCACGGGGCGAUCAGGCCACACUGCGAGUGACGCAGGUCUUGAAGGAGGGGCAGACGGUGCUGGAACUCGCUGCGGUCUGUCGGCGGCUGGAAACUAACAGAGAUCGCAACCUUCCCUUCCUCCCACCCUCCAUCGCUGCCGAUGCGUCCUCCCGCCUCUCCCCUCAACCCUCCGUGGACCUCCUCGCUCUACCCCCGGCCCGUCCCGCCCCUCCGGAGACAGAGACACUGGUAGGGAUGCACUCAGAGACGGACGAAGGCAUUGGCUCCUCCGUUUAUUCCUCCAAGGGGGCUUCCACUGUUCGAUCCUCCCGAGGCGGUCACACCGGCCGCCAGCCCCUCCGCCCCGCCACCGGAAGCAAGAGGACGCAGAAGAUUCCUAAGGGGAGCAAAGCGAACAUAGGCGAAGAGCAGCAGCACCAGGAGUCAGAUGAGGGCGCGGAUACACAGACGGAAGCACAGCCGAGCAGCGCCCUCUCUCUACCGCACCUUCCCUCCUCCUCUUCCUCUUCCGCUAACUCCAACGCCAGCACGCCUGCGCCGCCACCUCACCCCCCACACCCAGGCGGGCGGGGUACGUCGCUUGGGAGGGAGAAGUUGGAGAGGAUCAACGAGCUGCUGUUCCACGAGGAGGCUAACCACGACGCAGCGCAAGGCGAGGAGUUUGGGCCCAUCCCAGACUUUGUGCUGCAGGAGGCAGACGCGGCGCUCAGGACACACGACGGGCUGCGUAACUUCUGGCGCAAGUACCACCAAGUGCAGCUGGAGCGUCUGGCCCUACGCGGAGAGGCUGCGGCGCUACGGGAGGAGGGACGUCACCUGAGAGCCCUUCUGAAGAAGUAUUUUGUGUCCCUAGGGAUGAGUGACGCCGCGCUGCGCCUGCCCUCCACCACGCCGCUCUGUGUAGGAGGCCUGCCGCCCUGCGUCCCCACCGCAGGAGACGUUAGGGGGCGGUCCAAGUCUCUCCCUGCUAGGAGCACCGGUGUCUCCUUCUACAGUCCUUCCAGCGGCAGCAGCGGGCCCCCCAGUCCCUUGCCUCCCGCCGGCGUGAUGGUGCAGGAGGGGCGUGUGUUGCUGCGCGCUAUGGCCCUGCACUACGCCGCGCCGCGUCACCCUGAUCCUGGUACCACCACCAUCACCAGGCUCACUGCCACAUAAUUCUUCAGUUGUCAGUCACCCUAACCAGUUCGGCGUGGUGUAUGUAGUCCCUUCAUACUAUCUCGUUUUGUAACUUUUUAUUUAAUAAAUAAAACAAAUAUUA